AUGAACCAAGGCCAUGGAGAUGCAGAAUGCAGGAAGAAGAAGACCACGGAUUUGGAAACUGCUUCAGAAGGAAAGGACGCAGGAUCUUUGCCAUCCAAAAUUGAGAUCAAGAAUAAGGAAAGGAUAGACCAGAGGCAGGGGAAGAUUCCACAAGAUUUGCAAGAGACAUCUAAGGGUCAGCAGACUAAAACAAAUCAGAAGGUAGUUCAGCGGAAUCCGGAUUCUUCAAAACAGCACAUCCCAGUCAAUCAAGUAAAUCAAGUGAAGAGUAUUUGGAUACAGCUAAAUGGAGGAAAGAGGCCCAUUAAUUCGGGGAUUCUAGAGGUAGAUCAUAUGGCUAAUAGUGAGGUCUCGUUUGGUAAGUCAACACUUUCCAUAAUUCCAAAUAAGGAAAGCCAGCCCACAAUUUUGGAAAGAGGGGAUUUUUCGGGGAAGGAAAAUACUGCUCAGCAGGAAAGAUUGGUGGAUGCUGCUCAGCAUGAGUGUUUGAUAGAUAGAGCCCAGCAUGGGUAUUUGGUGGAUAAUGCCCAGCUGAAUUCCUUGGCUGAUGGUAUUCAAGGAAUGUAG